AAGCUGUUGUGUUCUGGAUGAUGGUGGUGCCUGGAAAUGCUCCAGUCAUCCAACAGGAUCAUGUUCUGGAGCCCAAUUUAGGACGAGACUCCACAGAGGAUUCUGCCAUGGGCCCUGAGACAGAGACGGCAGCCGGGGAGGUCACCCCGGAGCUGGAGGAAGUGCGGAAGCUGCGGGAGCUGGUGAGGAGGUUGGAAAUAGAGAACCAACACCCAAGAACCAAGGGUAGCAGGAAUGUGCUCGGGACAAAUGUGCAGGGGGAGAUCCAUACUGGUGUGGACAACCAUGAGACUGCUCUGAAUGGGAUGGAAAUUAAUAACAGCAUCAAUGCCAUCACGGAGAAACGAGAGCUGCAGAUCAUGGCAGAUCUGCACAGCCAGUUGAGCAAGAUGAGGAAGGAGGAUGGAGAGAACAACUGCCUAAAAAGAGACAUGGAUGAGCCAACCCAACACACCAGUGCCCCCCAGGAAUUGCCUUCUACCCAGUGCAAGGUGGAUGAGAACAUCAAGUGUUCCUUGCGUGUGGAUACAAGUAACGGCCCAGAGCUGCUGGGCAGCUUGGGCACUGCAGGUGUGGAUCCCUUGGCUCAUAUAACUGAACAAAAGCCCAGUGAGAAAUGUGGAGAUGGGGAAGGGCUUUCCAGUCGUGCAGAGCUGGAUGAAGUGAAGGUGCUAGAACUUGAAAGCUGCCAUGAAGACGACGACAGCUGGCUCUAUGUGUCCCCAAGGAAACCUGUUGUAGAUCCCAAACCAGACUCACCUUUGAAAUGGUGCCGACAGGUGUUGGAUAAUCCCAGUCCUGAGACAGAAGCAGCCUGCAGGACCCUUCUGAACAGACUGGAUCAAGCCAGUAGAUGGAAAAACCUGUAUUGCAGCCCGCUGGCCUCUCCAAGCGCACAUAACUUGAGUACAGAGCCAGGCUCCUCUAGCAAUGCACUAAACUCUCCAGGCCAUCUCAAAUCGACUAACAAAGCACUACUAACCUGUGGCAGCUCAGGUUACCUGAGCAUGCAUUCAGCAUUGAGCUCCCAGUCAUCAGUGGACAGCGAGCUGAGCACAUCUGAUGACUCCAUCUCCAUGGGCUACAAGCUGCAGGACCUGACAGAUGUCCAGGUUAUGGCACGUCUUCAGGAAGAAAGCCUGCGCCAGGACUGUGCCUCCAGCUCCGCGUCGGUCUCGCGGCGCAGCUCCAGUGCCUCCCUCCACUCCCUGCGCAGAGGCACCUACAGUGACCAGGAGUUUGACACCUACAGCCUGGAGGAUGAGGAUGACUACGACUGCUCCCUGUCCUACCGCAGUGCCCACCGCUACUCGCCGUCCCCGCUCAGCUCGCCCCGCUGCCAGUCCCCUUCCUCCGCCACAGACUACGGCAGGUCCUCCUCAUCCCGCAUCCGACCCCCCAGGAGAUCCCUCCAGAGCCCCAUGCAGGACCGCCUCAAGUAUGCCAACAGCGAAGAGGAGAUGCGCCACAGCAUGCCCAACCUGGCCAGGACCAGCCUGCGAGCCUUGGAGUCCGUGCGGAGCAGCCGCAGCUUGGAGUCCGACCUGCAGGUGCCCAACAGCCGAAUUCCGAGAACCCAGCAGCGGUCAGCAGGUCUGGCUCCCGGUAAGCUCAGGUAUUCCUCCGGCGCUGGGCAGCCCCCGCUGACGGUGCGCCAAGCCAUGAAGGCAGGGUCCUGCCCGAACUCUCUGCUGACCCCACGGCAACCCGUGAAGGCCUGCGGCUACGCCGCUCCCGCCGCUGGAGUUCGCAAGGCACAGGCACCUUCCCUCGGCGCCGGCUCCUCCAGGAGCACCACCGUGGGCACUGGGGCAAAAACCACCCCUGUGAAAGCUCGUGCGUCCCUGGGAGGAGCGGCGGUGCCCAGGAGCAAGCCGACGCCACCCUCCAGGAGGUUUCUUCAGUCAGCUCAGCCCACCGAGGAUGACUCCUGGAAGGAGGGGUGCUACUGACACCCCAGACCCCGCCCUGAAGCAGGACCCAGCUGGCUGGGCACAGGAACAUUAGCUGAGAUGCAAACUCAAGAGCCCAUCACACCACAGACCAAUGUACAUAGUCCCUCUCCUCUUGACCACCACCUGUCCCCACCUUCUGCUUGUCUGCCAAGAGCCCAACCUCACUGUGGUGGAACAGGCACCUGUGCUGCCACCGCUCAGAACCUCACUGAGAUACAGGUCUUCACAUGGAGACUGGAAAUAGCCUUACUCCACACAAACCUCUGCUUGCAGCCCUUCACAAGCUUGGUCCCAAACCACACUGAGAAGGCUGCAGGUUCUCCUUGUGCCAGGUCCCAAAACCAUGCCUGUAUGGCUGCAGGUUGUCAAAGCUGCAGGUUCUCCUCCUUGUGCCUGGUCCCAAAACACUGAGAAGGCUGCAGCUUGUCAAGGCUGCAGCUUCUCCAUGUGCCUGGUCCCACAACCAUGCUGGGAAAGGUGCAUGUUCUCCAUGUGCCUGGUCCCACAACCAUGCUGGGAAAGCUGCAGGUUCUCCUCCUCGUGCCAGGUCCCACAACACUCUGAGGAAGCUGCAGGUUCUCCUCCUCGUGCCAGGUCCCACAACACUCUGAGGAAGCUGCAGGGUCUCCUCCUCGUGCCAGGUCCCACAACC